GCUGUAUCGUAGCUAUCGAGGCGCCAUUUUACGAGCAAUUCGAAUGCUCUAGCGUUUUUAUGUUCGCUAGCACGUGGGCAGGCUUUGUUACAUAACAAAGGCAUACUGCUUGUUGCUGUUGAUUUUUGGCCGAUUACUGACACAUUGGCUUUUUUCUUAGCGAAUAGUUUUGAAUUAUUUUAUCAUGCUGUUAGCAUUUGUUUAUAUUAUGUGAAGAAUUUAUUCUCUAUUGUGUGGGUUUCUUCCUACAGCGAUGGGGGUUUCUACCUCUAUUUAAUUUGUUGGUUUCUGCCUGCAAAUUUGUCUGUGGGUUUCUACCUACGGUGAUGGGGGUUUCUACCUCUAUUUAAUUUGUUGGUUUCUACCUGCAAAUUUGUCUGUGGGUUUCUACCUACAGCGAUAAGGGUUUCUACCUCUAUUUAAUUUGUUGGUUUCUACCUGCAAAUUUGUCUGUGGGUUUCUACCUACAGCGAUAAGGGUUUCUACCUCUAUUUAAUUUGUUGGUUUCUACCUGCAAAUUUGUCUGUGGGUUUCUACCUACAGCGAUAAGGGUUUCUACCUCUAUUUAAUUUGUUGGUUUCUACCUGCAAAUUUGUCUGUGGGUUUCUACCUACAGCAAUGGGGCUUUCUAUUUAUUUAUUUAUUUAUUUAUUUAUACACUAUUCAUACAAUUUUGUUUUGUGUUUUUGGUCAGGCAUCUCCCAUCCUUCUUUUAUAUUCAUUUCAGAUGCCUCCAAGACGUUCAACGAGAAAACCAAAACAUACUACCGAACCGAACCUGGUUGCAGAGGUGCCUGCCCCUCCUAAAAAACGCACACGAGCUGGCCGCAGGACAACAGAGGCUGAAAUCAUUCCAGCGACAUCAACAGAAUCAGCUACCCUUGUCGCAGAUAUAGUGAGGAGAGUGACUGCCGAGGUAACGCAGACAGUAACUUCUGAAGUGACAAGACAGCUGCUCCCGUUAAUUCAGCAAGCACAAACUGCAGCUAUUCCUGACAACCCUCCUGUCCUUCCAUUGGAGCCAUUGCCUGCUGCCAUCGUGGAGGAUUCUAUUUCAUCAAUACAGAACGCUCUGUCAGGUAUGGAGCCCAACCAAAGCUUUUUGUCCAUUGGCGUACCUAUAGACCACCGCGUCUCUGUGAAAUUACGCAGUAAGAUUUGGAAUAACGAAUUUAUCGACUUUGGAUUAUUGAUAGAUAGUUCUGUGAAGGCAGAUAGAUUUCAAAUCACAUUGUCCUCAGUAGAUGAAAGCGACCGACCAUCGGUCUGUUUUGAGCCAACAAGUAAGCCCAAACGUAUACGCUCAAUAGAUGAUUGGCUAUCAGCAUUUCAUGUUUUUGUUGGGGUAUAUUUACGAAAGUACCCUAAUGAGGGCCCAGCUCUCAUGAAGUAUGGGGAUGUCAUUCGGGAUUUGGCUGUCAGGGGUCAGAAUUGGCAACUAUACGAUGAAAAUUUUAGAUCAAUGCGGGAGACAAGGGCAUCUGCAAUGCCUUGGGAUGCAAUUCACUCCGAGCUAUGGCUUCGCUCCCAAGGUAAUCAGACCCAGAGGCCAACUUUUAAGGGCGCAGCCAAGCAUGUGGCCAGGCAUUUGUCGGGUAUGCCAAAGGGAGUAUGUUAUAACUUCCACAGGGGAGCGGGUUGCUCAGGCUGUGACUACAAACAUACUUGCUACAAGUGUGGGGCGUCACACCCUGCCUUUUCUUGUAAUUUUCGUCCCCAAAACAAGUUUAACAGGCCCCAGACAGCUCAAUCCCGUACUGGAACCCCCAACACUUCCAACACCAGUAAAAAGUGACAGACUUAUUAAAUUGUUAGCCGGCUAUGAGCCUUCCCUUGUUCAACAACUGCACAGGGGCUUUACUAAGGGUUUUCCUCUUCAUUUUGAAGGAGAAAGAGUAUCUUUUGAAGCCAAAAAUUUAGUUUCAGCCAUAGAGAACCCACAAGUGGUGGAUAGUAAAAUUGGCAAGGAAUUAGAAAUGGGACGCUUAGCAGGUCCUUUUGAUUCCCCACCUUUCCCUGUUUUUCGGGUAUCCCCCCUGGGCGCUGUGCCUAAGAAGGCCCCAGGGGAGUUUAGGCUUAUUCAUCAUCUGUCUUUCCCUGAUGGCGAUUCAGUGAAUUCCGGCAUUUCAUCUGAUAAUACUAGUGUUCUCUAUUCAACAAUUAGUGAUGCUAUUCAACUUGUUAAGUCCGUUGGUCGCGGGUCCUUUUUGGCUAAAACAGAUAUUAAAAGUGCAUUUCGCAUAAUACCAAUAAGGCCAGAAGACCACCACUUAUUAGGAAUCAAAUGGAGAGACGUAUAUUACUAUGAUCGUUGUAUGCCAAUGGGCUGCUCAAGUUCGUGUAAGACCUUUGAGACAUUUAGUACAGCUAUUCAGUGGAUAGCUCAGUCUCAAUUCGGGAUAACCAAUAUGCUUCAUUUGCUAGAUGAUUUUUUGAUUGUAGCACCAUCAGCCGAAUUAUGUCAGCGACAGCUUGGGGUGUUUUUGGAUCUUUGUGCAUAUCUUGGAAUCCCAAUGGCACCAGAGAAAACCUGCGGCCCAUCGCCUGCAUUAUCAUUUGCAGGCAUAGAACUGGAUACAAUCCAGAUGGAGGCUAGGUUACCCCAGGAUAAGCUAGAUAAAUGUAUUACACUUAUUACUGAGUUUUUGCGCCGUAAAAAAGUUUCAUUACGUGAGCUACAAUCUCUGGUUGGAUUAUUAAAUUUUGCUUGCUCUGUGGUCAUCCCGGGUAGAGCCUUUUUACGUCGUUUAAUCAACUUGACGAUAGGCAUUAAGGCACCUCAUCAUAAAAUAAGGUUGACUAAGGCCGCUAAGGAAGAUUUAAAUGUAUGGCUGGUUUUUCUGUCCUCUUUCAAUGGUUGUUCAUUUUUCUUAGACGAUUACUGGUCCAAUUCUCAGAAAUUGAGAUUAUAUACAGAUGCAGCUGGUUCCUUGGGCUUUGGUGCCAUAUUUGGUAACGAGUGGUGUUAUGGUAGUUGGCCAUCUUCUUGGUUGGACAAGAACAUAGCAACAUUGGAGUUUUACCCCAUAGUAUUAGGUCUUCAGCUUUGGGGCCACCUGAUGCAGAAUAAAUGUGUAUUGUUUUUCACCGAUAAUGAGGCUUUAGUGCAUGUUAUAAACAAGCAAUCGUGCCAGGAUAAAUCCCUCAUGUUCUUUGUGCGUAAGCUGGUCUUGAUUUGCUUACAGAACAACAUUUUGUUUAAAGCAAAGCACAUACCAGGCGUUCAGAAUACUCUGGCUGAUAGAUUAUCUCGCUUGCAGGCGGAUGCUUUCAAGCGCCUGGCCCCAGAUUCCAUGAAUACCACACCAGUAGACAUUCCGCAGGAAUGGCUCCCACAAAAUUGGCAGCUAUAGUCAGUGAGCUCAUGCAUUCUAGCCUUCAACCUUCUUCUCGCCCUACUUACAAGAGGGCUUGGGUAUUAUUUAGACAGUUCUUAGACGAUACCUUUAACACUGCGCAAGUUUCGUUGCCCAUUUCACCCACAAUGUUAGCUCUCUUUUUGGCUUACCUGUUUGACAAGCAAUAUGCUCCAUCAACAGUAAAUACCUAUGUGUCAGCUUUAGGCUAUUCUCACAAAUUAGCAGGUCUCCCUGACCCAACUAAGGUAUUUUAUAUCAUUCAGAUGCUCAAAGGCUACACUAAACUGGGUUCUAGGGUGGACUGUAGGUUACCUAUUUCAUUACCAAUACUGUGUAAAAUUGUGUCUGCUGCCCCCUCAGUCACUGGGUCAGUCUUUCAGGAGACAUUGUUUCGUACAAUGUGUCUAACAGCAUUUUUUGCCUUUUUGAGAGUUGGAGAAAUGACUGUCAAUCAAAAGGAGGCUAACCUCCCAUUGCAAUUGCAUCAGCUAUCUCCCAUACUCAACAGUGAUAACAAAGUGACAGGGUAUAAAGUGUCGUUUCAGGAUUUUAAGCAUAGCUAUAACCAGCCUACUUUUUCUAUAAUUUUAAACCGUCAGAAGGGUAUUUGUCCUGUAACAGCUUUAACUGAGUAUCUACGGUUAAGGGGUUCCCGUGCAGGUGCUUUAUUUCUCGGAAUCGAUGGUAGCCCUGUGUCUCGAAGUACUUUUUCUUCUCUGCUCUGUCAAGCUAUUAAAUACUGUGGCCUUGAUUCUUCUAAGUAUAAGGGACAUAGCUUCCGCAUUGGUGCAGCUAGCCAUGUAGCCAAUCUCGGCUUUUCCGAUGCACAGAUUCGCACACUAGGCCGUUGGAAGUCCAACGCUUUCCUCAGAUACAUUCGUAUUGCUAACAUUUCUAAUUGAAUUCCUUAAUAAAGCUACUGUGCAGUGUAGGGCACUAUGUCUGCAAGGGCAUUCAUAGUGCACCCAAUUAUUUUUUCUCGUUUCAAUUUACCUAGUUAAUUUUAUUUAAAGGUACCCUUUCUUGGUACAUUCGUCUUAUUUGGUGGCAUGUUUUGCAAGGGCAUUCAUGUCCCUUACAAUUUUAUGCACUACGGUAGUAAGCUCAACACUAUGUCUUGCAAGGGCAUUCAUAGUGAUAACCUUAGUAUUAGUAGUAAUUUUGGCUUAGGUGUGGUGGCAUGUUUUGCAAGUGCAUUCAUGUCUUUAUGCCUAAAACCUGUAGUCCAGGCAUUUGGGGGUAAAAAGUUACACACUAUGUCUUGCAAGGGCAUUCAUAGUGAACCCCAUGCCCUUGCUUGUAUAUUUUCGUAGCUAUUAUGUUUUUUAAUUGAUCAAAUUUAUAAGGGCAAGGUGACAUGUCCUACAAGGGUAGUCAUGUACUUAGUCCUGCAUUAGUAAACGACGAGUCGAGCUCAGACUCCUUCAAUCAUAAUUUCGGAUAAUCGUUGUUGUUGGCGCUGCGCUUGCCUGGGGUGGGGCAGCAGCGUAUGGCGCUGCUCAUGGCGUUUUGAUUGCCCACACCUUUACUGGGCUAAGGUUAAUUAUUAUUGAAAAUAAUGUUAUAGAAAGACUAUAAAUUAUUUAUUUUGAAUUAGAAUUUUAAUAAAGCGGCAUCGGGUUUUCCCCCUUUGCCAUUUACAAACAAA